AUGGCAGCGGGGGAGACGCAUCUCUACGCCAAGGUCUCCAACAAGCUCAAGGGCCGCAGCACCCCCUCGCUCCUGGACCCCCUCCUGGCCAUGGGCUUCCCAGCGCAUACCGCGCUGAAGGCGUUGGCGGCCACUGGCAGGAAGACAGCAGAGGAGGCCUGGGACUGGCUACAUUGUCAUCGAAAUGACCCGUCCCUAGAUGACCCCAUCCCCCAGGAGUACGGUCUUUUCCUCUGUCCCACGGGGCCCCUGCUGGAAAAACUUGAGGAGUUCUGGAGGGAAAGCAAGCGUCAGUGUGCAAAGAACAGAGCUCACGAGGUCUUCCCCCACGUGACGCUAUGCGACUUCUUCACCUGUGAAGACCAGAAAGUGGAGAGCUUGUACGAGGCCCUGAAGAGGGCUGGAGACAGGACCCUGGGCUCCUUCCCCGCUGUGGUCCCCCUGGUCCUCCACUCCUCCAUCAGCUACCUCGGCUUCUUCCUCAACGGCAGCCCCGCAGAGGUCAUCCGGGAAUUUGCUGUCACCUUUGCCACAGAAGCUUCCGUCUUGGCAGACUGCACAGUGAAGCCCUGCACCAAGCAGCUCCAUCUGACCCUGGCCCACAAGUUCUACCCGCACCACCAGAGGACGCUGGAGCAGCUGGCCAGAGCCAUCCACCCUGGCCACAGCUGCCAGUGGACGGCCACGCUCUACUCCCGGGACAUGCGCUUUGUGCACUACCAGACCCUGAGGGCCAUUUUCCAGUACAAACCCCAGAAUGUGGACGAGCUGACGCUAAGUCCGGGUGACUACAUCUUUGUGGAUCCCACUCAGCAGGAGGAAGCCAGCGAGGGCUGGGUGAUCGGGGUCUCCCAGCGGACGGGCCUCCGAGGCUUCCUGCCGGAAAACUACACAGAACGAGCCGGCGAGGCUGACACCUGGGUGAAGCACAGGACGUACACCUUCAGUCUGGCCACGGACUCGAGCUCCAGAAAGGACGGUGAGGGCGGCAGCAGACAUGACUUGGAGUUUCAUCCUCCACAGACGUCGAGGAGUUUCAGCAGCAUACAGGCUUUGCAGGCCACGGUUGCGAGGAAGAGCGUGCUGGUGGUGCGCCACGGAGAGAGAGUGGACCAGGUCUUCGGGAGGUUGUGGCUACAGCAGUGCUCCACUCCAGACGGACACUACUACAGGCCAGACCUGAACUUCCCCUGCAGUCUGCCCCGACGGAGCAACGGCAUCCAACACUUUGAAAACGACCCGCCGUUAUCCUCGUGUGGAGUUUUCCAGUCCAGGACAGCAGGGGCCGCACUCCUGGACAGUGGUGUCCGUGUCAUCUCUGUGUUCACCUCCCCAGCCCUCCGCUGUGUGCAGACGGCCAAACUCCUCCUGGAAGAACUCAAACUGGAGAAACAAAUGAAGAUAAGAGUAGAGCCUGGAAUCUUUGAAUGGACAAAAUGGGAGGCCAGCAAAGCCAUCCCGACAUUCAUGAGCCUGGAAGAGCUGAAAGAGGCGAGUUUCAACGUGGACACUGAGUACAGGCCUGCAGUCCCCCUGUGCCGCCUCAGGCCAGCCGAGAGCUAUGCCGAGUACGUGGAAAGGAGCAGCGCGAGCGUGGGCCGGAUCAUCAGCGCCUGCCCACAGGACACUGGCGUCAUCCUAGUCGUGAGCCACGGCUCAGCGCUGGACUCCUGUACUCGGCCACUCCUUGGGCUGCCACCCCGGGACUGUGGGGAUUUUGCCCAGUUAGUGAGAAAGAUCCCUUCUCUGGGUAUGUGCUUUUGUGAAGAAAAUAAAGAGGAAGGGAAAUGGGAGCUGGUGAACCCGCCCGUGAAGACCCUGACGCACGGGUCGAACGCGGCAUUUAACUGGAGGAACUGGAUCCUGAGUGACUGAGAGCCAUUGGCCGCAUGACUGUACAGUGGACAGGCGAGGACGCUGUGCAGAGGCUGUGACAUGCAUCGUGCCAGAGGUGUCUUCGUGUCUUAGUCUCACCUACACGACUCAUAGAAGCACGAAAUGCACUUUUAUAUCAGGGAAGCCGUGCACCUGUUUGCUGGGCUGGGGGGCCUCACUACCCCCAGCAGGUGGGAGUGUCCACACUGACACAGGCGGGUGGAGCCAGGGCUUG